CCUGCCACGCAGUCCCGGAGCGAGAGGCGGCGGGGAAAUCUGGAGCCCGGCUUAGGGGCGAGACGGCCGCACCGGGCGCCUAGUGAUCCGGGCACCUUCGGUGGGAGGAGGGCCAGGCCGGGCGCCCAGGGUGGAGGAGGCGUCUCGGGGCCCCCACUGACAGCCACGCCGCCCUGGGCCCCGCCCAGCGCAGCCCCAGCGCGCGCUAAGUGAGCAGGCGCUUCCGGGUGGCCGAGGCCGCAGGCCCGGAGUGCGGGUGGAGGGGCUUCCAGAAGGACCCGGCGGCAGCGCCCCCACUCGGCUCUCCCGACAGGAGCGCGGGCACCUGCGCGGUGCCGGGUGAAGGCGAACGCAUCGGCGAGCCCUCCGCAGAGGAGGCCCUUGCCCAUUUGGUUUUGGAACCACCGGGAGGAAGGGGCCAUUCUACCGCUUGUCGCUACCAUGCUGGCCACCCGCCUCUCCAGACCCCUGUCACGGCUCCCAGGAAAAACCCUACGUGCCUGUGAUAGAGAAAAUGGAGCAAGACGCCCACUAUUGUUUUGUUCUGCCUCCUUUAUCCCUAUUGGUCGUCGGACUUAUGCCAGUGCGGUGGAGCCGGUUGGCAGCAAAGCUGUCCUGGUCACAGGCUGUGACUCUGGAUUUGGGUUCUCGCUGGCCAAGCAUCUGCAUUCAGAAGGCUUCCUUGUGUUUGCUGGCUGCUUGAUGAAGGACAAAGGCCAUGAUGGGGUGAAGGAGCUGGACAGCCUAAACAGUGACCGAUUGAGAACCGUCCAGCUCAACGUCUGCAGCAGCGAAGAGGUGGAGAAAGUGGUGGAGAUCGUCCGCUCGAGCCUGAAGGACCCUGAGAAAGGAAUGUGGGGCCUCGUUAACAACGCCGGCAUCUCAACAUUCGGGGAGGUGGAGUUCACCAGCAUGGAGACCUACAAGGAGGUGGCAGAAGUGAACCUGUGGGGCACAGUGCGCAUGACCAAGUCCUUUCUCCCUCUCAUCCGAAGGGCCAAAGGCCGUGUCGUCAAUAUCAGCAGUAUGCUGGGCCGCAUGGCCAACCCAGCCCGUUCCCCAUACUGCAUCACCAAGUUCGGGGUGGAGGCUUUCUCGGACUGCCUGCGAUAUGAGAUGUACCCCCUGGGCGUGAAGGUCAGUGUGGUGGAGCCUGGCAACUUCAUCGCUGCCACCAGCCUUUACAGCCCCGAGAGCAUUCAGGCCAUUGCCAAGAAGAUGUGGGACGAGCUGCCUGAGGUCGUGCGCAAGGACUACGGCAAGAAGUACUUUGAUGAAAAGAUCGCCAGGAUGGAGACCUACUGCAGCAGCGGCUCCACAGACACGUCCCCUGUCAUCGAGGCCGUCACACAUGCCCUGACCGCCACCACCCCCUACACCCGCUACCACCCCAUGGACUACUACUGGUGGCUGCGAAUGCAGAUCAUGACCCACUUGCCUGGAGCCAUCUCCGACAUGAUCUACAUCCGCUGAAGAGUCUCACUGUGGCCUCCAUCGGGGAUCCCUGGUGAAAGGGGAGGGGAGGGAGGAACCCAUAGAGUCAACUCUUGAUUAUCCACGUGUAGAUUAUCCACUGUCCCAGGAAGACCCAUAACUGGUUUUAGCAUUACCCAGAGGGAAUAACCCAGCCUGACUUGUUUGCAUAGUGAGUGACUUGCACCUUCAGAAGUGGGGUGUGGGGUGGCAGGCAGGGGCCUCCAAAGCUCAGGGCAAACAUGGUGCAUCUGUCUCUCUGGAGAUGAUUUUCAUACAGAGAUUCUGGGAAAACCUAUUUAUAUUAAAAACA